CACACACGCUCACACGCACGCACACACACACAAAUAACAAACGCGGGAUGAUAAUUUGCUUUAUUUGAAUACAAUCCACGACCAGCUGCAAGAGAAGCUCACAUGUCAUUUAUUUCAUAAAUCAUAAAAAAAAAAAAAAAAAAAAAAAAAAACAUGUUCUGCAGAAACGCCACUCUCCAUUAUUUGGUGAUUCAUAAAAUGCGUCCUUCCUUCGUUUUAUUAAUAAAUCCCUCCAAAUAUGUAGUGGUCCUGGAUUUCUUUCAAAACGUUAGCACUAUUGCAACAUGAAAUUGGGUUGACAAUUUACACGAAUGCAUUGCAAAAAUGCUGAAACAGCAACAACAAAAUAAAACAAUACUGAUGGACUAAAAUGGACACAGAGCGACAGAAAACAUUCCAGAGUUCUAAAACUGAGGCGUGCUGCUGUUCCUCAUAUUCAAAGAAGAAGUAGGACCAUUUUCCCAAUCACACACCUCAGACGAGCACAUAAACGCCACCCUUUAUCAAAAUGGACCGGUGAGGUAAGGGCUCCCUGCUUGAAGACGAGAACAAAUCACGUGAACAUAUUAUGCUCGUAUCUAAAAGGCAGUGCCAUUUUAUUUGUCAUCAUAAAAGCUUCAGAAACAAGCCCCCCAAAAAAUCCCCAAUCUACACAGGCCUAUCCUCGAUAUCUCACUGGUUGAUUGAUUGCCAGUGGAUUUUUUUUUCUCCUUUCCCCCUCUUCCUUGGAAUAAGGAUACCUUGUUCGCUUUUUUUAUUGGUAGCUGAACGCGAGUCCUUCCAUUCUUUCGGGAAUACCGUCUCCAACCGGUGUAUGGAAAUGUCUGAAAAACAGCAAGAUCAGGUUUAGGACAGCAUCGUCUGCAGACAGGGAGGAAAAAAAAGAGGAGUGAAGGAUUUAUUCUAGAAGCUGCACGGAGAGGAAGUCAGAGCUGAGAGGCAGCCGCUUUAUGAUGAAUUGAUUCGCAGGUAAGCAAUUGCAUGGCGAGAAAGCAACCUUUAACCGCGGGUUAAUACAAUGCAAAGGAUUAUUCAUAUUAUGAUGCAUUCCGUCCAAGGAGGUGAGGCUUGUUAAAUAUGCGGAUAUGGAGCACCCAUCUCUUCCUAUAACCGUUUCUAUACAAUGUUUUUUUCCAUUCAAAUUGUAUCGACAGAUUGAGUUCUGCGCUUUUCAGCCCAUUAUGAAAGCCUGCUUAAAGGAGGAGGAAGAAGAAGAAGAAGAAGGAGUAGGAGAGGAACUUUUCUUUUUUGACUCUUGGAUCGUAAAUCACAUUAAUUUGUUGUCUUAUCGUCACACUGGCGUUUGGUGUGAUUUAUGUGGUUUCAGCUGUAUGUGGCUUUGUCAGACUACAGCGUUGUAUGUUUUGCGCGGAUUCAUACUGGGUGCGUUUUAAGGAUUUCGACCAACAACAAUAGAUUAAAGAUAUAUUUUUUAAAGUUAAUAGCUCAACAACUGAAUGUGUAUUCCCUCGUUUAUCCAGAUUUUGUCUGAUGUUAAACAACUCGACAGGCGUCGAGACUAGACUUCAACUCAUUCGUGUUCUUUAAUUUAAUGCCAGAACGCAGGAUUUCGCUGCCGUACUAUCAGACAAAUUUCUAAAUUAUGACCAUUCUGUAGUAAACAAUAAAUGUUUCAUGUAUCUCUUGCAAAUACUACAAAAUGAUUUUGGAACAAAGGCUGAUUAUCUUCGGUUUCCUCCUUUAUUUAUAUAUAUUUUUUGAUUUAAUCUAAAUUGCACAGGACGGUUAAACUGAAAUAUUGAGGGAAUUUCGGAAGGUCUGAUCGACUGCGUGAGAUAAUAACACUCCACUCCGAGUCCCGACGCAUUGUGUGGAGCAAACUUACCGUGACAAUGCGUAGGCGAAAAACACAGUUCGUGUGAAAAGGGAGGCUUGUCUGCUACUAGUAACUUAGGGUGCUCAACAGCAACUGGAGGGCGCAUAUUAUCGACCGAGUCUCCUGAAGUAUUCCACAAAAUAAAAUAAAAUGAAAAAUAAUGAGCAGAAUUUUUUUUAAAAAAAGGGAAGAAAGAAAUAUUUAAAUCCCAUUAUGUUUUACGCAUGGAUCCUCAUGGCGAUUGAAGGGAAAUAAAUGAAAAAUCUUGAGAUUUAUUUUCCAUCGGUUGGUGUCCUCCUGGCUCCCUCAGCGCCCAGAAGCUGAUCUGAAUUUGGUGGAGACUUUUAGCUACUUGAAGGCAAAAAUCCUCGUUGUUCAUUAAACUUUGGCUUAAUACAGAAUGACCCAAAGGUCACCUAAAACGCUUAUGGCUGCUGGAUACAUGGCCUGUCGCUUUGUGCGAAAGUGCACAUGUAAGACUUUUCAUUCUUCAAACAAGAAUGAAAAAAAAAAGUUGAAUGGUUAUUUUAUGGGUUUUAGAUUAUUCUGUUACUCUAUUUUAAAGCUUUAAAUUAAGUAAAUAUUUGUAUUUGAGCUCAUAUUAAUUAAAAAAAACAUAAAUAUUUAAUGUCUAAAUUAACAUAAAAGCCAUAUGAUAUUUUUAUGAAAAAUAAAAUAAAAUAAAAUAAAAGAAAGAAGAAAACAAAGAAGCAAGUCACCCAAUGAGAUAUUUUUUUAACCCUUAUUUAUGUUCCAGGUCGCGAUGGAGGCGGUGAUGAAUGUGUGAGCGACAUAAAAGAGAUCCGCGCAGAUUUCGCUCACAGACUGGAGCAACUGUGGGAAACACCAAUCACGUGAAUAAUCAACACCCAUUUUGUGGCUUUGAAUCCACAAAAUGCAGAAGGCAACCUACUAUGACAACUCUGGACUGUUUGGAGGCUACACCUACCCCAAACCAGACUCCUACAGCUAUGGCCCUGCUCACCAGUCCUACCCUGCUCCUAACAUUGACACUGAUUACCAAGGCUCUGUGUGUCCUAUUCAAACCUCUGCGGUCAGGCCACCUCCAGCCCUUAAAGACAGUGACCUGAAUGGGGACUGCAUGCGGCAAAGCAGCAGUCAGAGCAACAACAACAACAACAACAGCAGCAGCAGCAGUGGCAGCAGCCAAGCGAACAGUAUUUCUGAGCAGCAGGUACCCCCACUGUCUGCAGCCUCCCCGAAUUCCAACAGCUCCACAUCCCAGAAGAAGAAGUCUCCAAACAACAGCGCAUCGGGCCCGGCCACCCCGGCCCUCACCAAGCAGAUCUUCCCCUGGAUGAAGGAAACCAGGCAGAACUCGAAGCAGAAGAGCAACAACAACUGCGCUGCUGCAGGUAGAGAUCCUGAUGGUGGGGAGGUGAGUGAUGAGAAAAGCCCGCCCGGACCAGCCUCCAAGCGGGUCAGAACUGCUUACACCAGCGCGCAGCUUGUGGAGCUGGAGAAGGAGUUUCACUUUAACCGCUACCUUUGUCGCCCACGGAGGGUGGAGAUGGCCAAUCUGUUGAACCUCACCGAGCGUCAGAUAAAGAUUUGGUUUCAGAACAGGAGGAUGAAAUAUAAAAAGGACCAGAAGUCAAAGGGGCUGGCGCACUCCCCCAUGGGACACUCCCCGGACAGAAGCCCGCCGCUGAGCGGGCCCAAUCACACCGGAUACGCGGGCCAGCUCCAAAACGUGAACAGCCUGAGCUACGACGCGCCCUCGCCGCCGCCCUUCGCCAAGCCCCAGCAGAACAUGUACGGCCUGGCCGCGUACACUGCGCCGCUGGGCGGCUGCAUCCCUCAGCAGAAGCGCUACCCGGGCUCCGAGUACGAACACCACAGCAUGCAGAGCAACGGAGGCUUCGCCAACGCCAAUUUGCAAGGCAGCCCCGUGUACGUGGGUGGGAACUUUGUUGAUUCCAUGCCAGCCUCGGGCCCCAUGUUCAACCUCGGCCAUCUCCCCCACCCAUCAUCCACCAGCGUGGACUACAGCUGUGCCGCUCAAAUCCCAGGAAACCACCACCACGGACCGUGUGACCCCCACCCCACGUACACAGACCUCACCUCUCACCAAGUUUCUCAGGGAAGGAUUCAGGAAGCGCCUAAGCUGACGCAUUUGUAAUAUUAUGACGUUUCUUGUGCGUGCGUGUGUAUGUGUGCGUGUGUGUGCGUGCGUGCCAAAUUACGUUGCGCUCUUUUUUAUUACCUCACUAGACUAUUAACUAUGCUCCGAGUGAGCCGUGUGUACUAUGACAGUAUUAUUGAUAUUAUUAUUAAUGCUAUUGUGUAAUUAUUUUCUAAAUAAUACAGCUUUGUCCAUUUCUCUUAAAAAUUGGAGAAGCUCUAGCCUGAUUGUUAAUAGUUAUUUUGUUGUUUUCGUUCCCUUUUUGUUUAUUCUCAAGUGCAAUGCGCAAUGUUUGACUGAAUAUUUCAUGCCGUUACUUGAAGGUAAGUCUUGUAGAUCACAAAAAGUAGAAGCUCAUCCUUAGAUGGAAAGAUUUUUAGGGGGAAAAAAAGAAAAAAUUGUCUGCUUGUUAAAGGAUCUCAUUUUUCCUCACCCUAUUUAUUUAUUGCGUCAUUAAUUUUGCAUAAUCCCCGGCACUAUAGCAUACAGCCUAUUUAAUUAUUUAAUUGCUUUUGUAUUGCACAUUAUUUAUCGUUUAUUAUGCGAGUAUUUAUAAGUGUGGAUUUCCGUUGCCAGGUCGGACAGAGCGGUGCACUUGUUGGGCAAAACAGGGUUUGUGUAGGUUAUUUUUUCAGAAAUGCUACCAAGUAUUGAUGGCGGAAGGAGCAUUUCUAAUUGUAUAAAUCUGAGACAAAUGGGGGCAUUUUAUAGCGAGUAAACAUGUCCACGGUUAAUCUCGUGUCAAAACCUUAAGCGAAACGUAGACUAUCGAAAAAUCAAAUAUUACGCACACCAGCAUGUCAUUUUGUGUAGUCCUUUGCGUUUCAUUUUUGUUGUUGUUAUAAUUAUUUGUCUUCCAUUGUUAUUCCAUUCAGUUGGACACCCAUAAAUUUAUGAAACCCCGAUGAUAUUGAAAUGUUAUAUUUUAUUGUGUUUAACAUUUUGUAAAUAAAGUGCUUAAACUUGUAUUUGCUCGUUGAGGUUUGUUUGUCUCUGUACAAAACGCCGCAGUGUCUCCUUGCUGCCACUGUAGCAGCGCGAAGGUUUAUUGACCCACAGCCUUCACUGUACAGUCCAAACAGACAGAGACGAUCAAUAACUAGACACCAGGAUAUCUAAAACUCAUCAGACGACUCUAUGCUCCCAAUGUAAAGUGCAUUUUAGCGGAAUAAAAGGCUCUCGCGAAUAUUGAUGUUUUAUUGGUAUGAAGGGAAGUGAGUCUAUGAGCUUAUUGCAUCCUCCACAUGUCACUUAUCAUAUUUUAAGACUCGGCCACAUAAUUAGCCUUCCUCCCUCGUGCAAUAGAAAGGACCAAAUAAGCUCUUCCAGUAAAGAGCGGAGAGUAACCGCUUGUGGUUUAAUUGAUUUCAAAAUACUAAUAAAGCAGAUAGGUGCCAAUAAAAUAAAAAAAGGGAGAAAGAGAGAGAGAAAAAUAAAAUACAUGGUGGUGCUUUGACAUUGGGAGAGACGCGGCGAUGUGUGUGUGUGUGUGUGUGUGUGUGCCUGAGAAAGAGAGAGAGGGGGUAGAAAGAGCAGUUCAUCCUUUAUUGCUCCUGGAGAGCCAUUUCAAAGCUCAUUAAUCAAAAACUCGUCGCUUUCAGGCUCCUCGCUGAUUCCCCCCUCCAUGUGAACAAAGCAUUUGCAUUCCAAAUCCAAGAAACAGAUUUCUAACCGAGCCAAUCUUGAAUGGUGGGGGGAGAGAAUUUAAAAAGAGAGAAAAAGAGAGAGAGAGAGAGCGAGAGAGAGAGAGAGAGAGUGAGCAAGUAAGAUGUUCUGGUUUUCUAUAACAUGAUAGAUCCUGCGAUUUAAGAGCGCAUGAAGGCAAAUGAAACUCUUGUCACAGAAAUGAUCAGCGGCUUUAAAUCUGCGCAGGUUCACAGUCACUUUCAUUCCCUUAAACUUUCCCUCAUGCCAGACAGCCGUCUGGGCGCGCAGUUAAAACAAAUCCCUUCAAACAAAAGCUAUUAAAUUGAUCUGAUCUUUCAAAACAAAGAGUCAUACUGAAUCAUUUGAGCUACUGGGGGGAGGCUGGGCUGCAAAUCAGCCCAGUGUUCAGGGGACGGCGGCCAUUUUACCCCCGCUGUGCUCUGAUACUCCACAUUUUGUGCAGAGCAAGUCAUUUAAUUGAAAUAUGUCGCAAAAAUAGAAUUGG